AUGCGUUUCAUUCUUUCACUCAGCGCCUUCGUAUCGGCUGUUUUUUCCGCUGGACAGACUACAGCGCCCUCUGGUGCCAUUACUGUUUCACCCGGGGGAACUUAUUCCACCAUCCAAGCUGCCGUCGACUCUCUCUCCACUUCAUCUACCACCGCUCAAAGCAUCUUCAAUCUGGCUGGUACUUACAAGGAGCAAGUGAUAAUUCCAGCUCGGAAGGCGACUCUCAAGAUCUAUGGCUACACGACAGAUACGAGCAGCUAUGCGAUCAAUUUUGUUACCAUUACACAUAGCUCCAGCCUUGCUUCUGGUGCUGCAGACGACGAAGCUACCUGUACUGUCAUCAACGAGGCCGCAGUCGCGCUAGCCGCAUAUGGAGAUUCUCAGGGAUACUACGGUGUUGGUCUACACGGAUACCAAGACACUCCCUCGCCCAAGUCGGCAACCAGGUCUACGCUCAUCGCUAUGUCGAGGGAGCCGUCGACUUUAUCUUCGGACAAUAUGCCCGAGAGGAAUCGCCGCAAGCGGGAGAGCCACAUCUUCGGACGUCUCUUACUAUGUGAUCAACAAGUCAACCAUCGACAAGUCUCCCAGCUCGACCGCCGGGCCACUACUCUGGGCUCUAUCAUAAACGCCGCAGAAUGGGAGUUCUGGAGCAGCUCUGACGAUCGCACCGAUGCUGUUGCUUUUGUGGAGUAUGGAAACACUGGGACGGGUGCUUUGGAAGGUUGCGCAAGCUUUGCUACCAAGCCUAGCUCUGCUAUUACCAUCUCGACGGCUCUAGGAAGCGGGUGUACCAGCUGGGCGGAUACCAAAUACCUUUCGUAG